GGAGUCGGGUUACACCACUUGUGUCUGAGUUCAGGCCGCAUGUCCCUCCGUCAGGAAUUCCGCAAAUACCUCCCAGAGGUAAAAAAGGAAAGUGCGCUGCGCUGCAGCAGCCAGAGCAGCCAGCCUGGUCCCGAGUCCUGGAGGGCGCGCCAGCCACCCGGGCCAUGUGGCCGUAGCCUCCGCAGCGUCCCGGCCGCGCGCUUCAUGCCGCGGGGCAGCCGCGCCGCGGUGCUGGGGUGAAGGGGUGACCGGGCACGCUCCUCCCCAUGGGUGCCCACCAUGUCUAAUGGAUAUCGCACUCUGUCCCAGCACCUCAAUGACCUGAAGAAGGAGAACUUCAGCCUCAAGCUGCGCAUCUACUUCCUGGAGGAGCGUAUGCAGCAGAAGUAUGAGGCCAGCCGGGAGGACAUCUACAAGCGGAACAUCGAGCUGAAGGUUGAAGUAGAGAGCCUGAAGAGAGAACUCCAGGACAAGAAACAGCAUCUGGAUAAAACCGGGGCUGACGCGGAGACCCUCAACAGCCAGAAUGAAGCCGAGCUCCGGCGCCAGUUUGAGGAGCGACAGCAGGAGACGGAGCACGUUUACGAGCUCCUGGAGAAUAAGAUCCAGCUUCUGCAGGAGGAGUCCAGGCUAGCGAAGAACGAGGCCCCGUGGAUGGCAGCUCUGGCAGAAGCCGAGAAGGAGUGUAACCUGGAGCUCUCGGAGAAGCUGAAGGGCGACACCAAGGGCGGGGCCGAUGCAGCGGGAGACAGGGUCAGGCCCGACCCAUACACCGAGGCCCUGGCUCAGAGGGACGGACGGAUUGAAGAACUGAGUCAGAGCCUGGCCACCCAGGAGAAGCUUGUAGAACAGCUCUCUCAAGAAAAACAACAGUUGCUGCAUCUGUUGGAGGGGCCAACUAGCAUGGAGGUACAGCCCAUGACUGAAGAGUCACUCAGACAACAAAAGCUGAAUUCAAAUGAGACCAUUAUAACUCAACAGCCUGUAUCCGAUUCUCACGUGGCAGAACUCCAGGAAAAAAUCCAGCAAAUAGAGGCCACCAACAAGAUUCUUCAAGAGAAACUGAAUGAAAUGGACUACGAACUGAAGUCUGCUCAGGAGUCAACUCAGAAGCAAGAUGGUGUAAUUCAGGGCCUCAAGGAAACUCUGAAAAGCAGGGAAAGUGAGACCGAGGAGUUGUACCAGGUAAUCGAAGGUCAGAACGACACGAUGGCGAAGCUCCGCGAAAUGCUGCACCAGAGCGAGCUUGGACAGCUCCACAGUUCGGAAGGUGCUUCUGCAGCUCAGCAGCAGGUGGCUUUGCUUGACCUUCAGAGCGCUUUAUUCUGCAGCCAGCUGGAAAUACAGAAGCUCCAGAGGGUGGUCCGACAAAAGGAACGCCAGCUGGCCGAUGCCGAACGAUGUGUCCAGUUUGCAGAGGCUGCGGCCCAUGACAGAGAACAGCAGAGAGAGGCUUCUUGGCAGCAUAACCAGGAAUUGCGAAAAGCCUUGCAGCAGAUACAAGGAGAAUUGCAGAAUAAGAGCCAACAGCUUCUUACUCUGGAGACUGAAAAAUACAAUGAGAUUCGAACCCAGGAGCAACACAUUCAGCACCUAAAUCACAGUCUGAGUCACAAAGAGCAGCUGCUUCAGGAAUUUCGGGAGCUCCUGCAGUAUCGAGAUAACUCGGACAAAGCCUUUGAAGCAAACGAAAUGUUGCUUGAGAAACUGCGGCAGCGGAUACAGGAUAGAGACGUCGCUCUAGAGCGGGCCAUAGACGAGAAGUUCUCCUCUCUAGAAGAAAAGGAGAAGGAGCUGCGGCAGCUCCGUCUGGCCGUGAGAGAGCGCGACCACGACCUGGAAAGGCUACGUGGGGUCCUCUCCUCUAACGAAGCCACCAUGCAGAGUCUGGAGAGUCUCCUGAGGGCCAAAGGCCUGGAAGUGGAACAGUUAUCUGCUACCUGUCAAAACCUCCAGUGGCUGAAGGAAGAAAUGGAAACCAAAUUUGGCCGUUGGCAAAAGGAACAAGAAAGUAUCAUUCAGCAGUUGCAGACGUCUCUGCACGACAGGAACAAAGAAGUAGAGGAUCUCAGUGCAACGCUGCUCUGCAAACUCGGACCAGGACAGAGCGAGAUCGCGGAGGAGCUGUGCCAGCGUCUGCAGCGGAAGGAAAGGGCGCUGCAGGACCUCCUCAGUGACCGAAACAGGCAAGCCGCGGAGCACGAAGUGGAGAUUCAGGGCCUGCUGCAGUCUGUGAGCGCCAGGGAGCAGGCGAGCCAGGCUGCUGCAGAAAGGAUGGUACAAGCCCUAAUGGAAAGAACUUCAGAAUUACAGGCCCUGCGCCAGUAUUUAGGAGGGAAAGACUUCAUGGUGUCCCAAGCACUCAUCUCUAACCAGCCAACUGAAGUCACCUGCAUCAGCCCCCAUCUUGGGGAGCAGAUUGACCAAGGUUCAGUGCAUUUACCCUCCGGAGGUGAUAACAGUCCACUGACUGCCAAAGGGGAUACCAGCUUGCCCAGGCCCUCCUUAGGGGACUCGGAUGCAGUUGCGGGGCUGGAAAAAGAACUGAGUAACGCCAAAGAGGAACUUGAACUCAUGGCUAAAAAAGAAAGAGAAAGUCGAAUGGAGCUCUCUGCACUGCAGUCCAUGAUGGCCAUGCAAGAGGAGGAGCUGCAGGUGCAGGCUGCCGACCUGGAGUCCCUGACCCGGACCGUGCAGAUUAAAGAAGACCUCAUAAAGGACCUGCAAAUGCAACUGGUUGAUCCCGAAGACAUACCAGCUAUGGAACGCCUGACCCAAGAAGUCUUACUUCUUCGGGAAAAAGUUGCUUCAGUAGAAUCACAGGGUCAAGAAGCUUCAGGAAACCGAAGACAGCAAUUGCUACUGACACUAGAAGGACUGGUAGACGAACGGAGUCGGCUCAACGAGGCCCUGCAAGCGGAGAGACAGCUCUACAGCAGCCUGGUGAAGUUUCACGCCCAUCCCGAGAGCUCUGAGAGAGACCGAACUCUGCAGGUGGAGCUGGAAGGGGCCCAGGUGUUACGCGGUCGGCUAGAAGAAGUUCUUGGAAGAAGCCUCGAGCGCUUGAGCAGACUGGAGACCCUGGCCGCCAUUGGAGGCGCAGCUGCGGGGGAUGACACCGAAGAUGCCAGCACCGAGUUCACGGACAGCAUUGAGGAGGAGGUCGCACACAGUAGCCACCAGCAACUCAUCAAGGUGGCUCUGGAGAAGACUCUGGCAGCCGCGGAGCCCCAGAACGUGUCUCUCCCGCCUCCCUCGGCGACAGGAGGCGAGAGUAACAGGGCUCUCCAGGAGGAGAUGCUCCACCUGAGAGCCGAGAUCCACCAGCACCUGGAGGGGAAGAGGAAAGCCGAGGGGGAGCUGAAAGAGCUAAAGGCUCAACUUGAGGAAGCGGGAUUCUCCUCUGUGGCCCACAUCAGGAACACCGUGCUGAGCCUUUGCCUCGAGAACGCGGAGCUGAAAGAGCAGAUGGGAGAAGCGAUGUCCGACGGAUGGGAGAUCGAGGAAGACAAGGAGAAGAGCGAGGCCGCGCUGGCCAAAGCGGGGCCGAACGACAGGAGCCUUCAGGCUGAGCUCAGAAAGCUCCAGGGCAAGCUGAAGAACGCCCGCAACGUCAUCAGCCUCCUCAAAGAGCAGCUGGCGCUGAGCAGCCAGGAAGGACGGAGGCAGCUCAGUCCCCAGCUCCUCGUGCGCCUGGCCGGGGAGGUGGACGGGGUGAGCACAGAGCCGGGGCGCUGCCCUGGGCUGCACCAGCGCGGAGGGGAGGAGGACGCGACCGCGAGGCCCUGCCCCGGGCCCCAGGGCCUCGGCCUCGGGUGCGCCCUCGCCGCGGAUGCCCACCAACUGAAUAACCAGCCCCAGGCCUGUGUCCCUGGGCCUCAGUCAGGACUUAGCCUCCCAGUAUCCACCAAGCACCUGCGCUCCCAGCUGGCUCAAUGCAGACAGCGCUACCAGGAUCUCCAGGAGAAGCUGCUGAUAUCAGAAGCCACUGUCUUUGCCCAGGCCAACCAGCUGGAGAAAUACAGAGCCAUGUUCAGCGAGUCCUUGGUGAAGCAGGACAGCAAGCAGGUCCAGGUGGACCUGCAGGACCUGGGCUAUGAGACUUGUGGCCGAAGCGAGAAUGAGGCUGAGCGGGAGGACAGCACCAGCCCCGAGUGUGAGGAGCGUGAUGGCCUCAGGGAGACAGUCCCCAUGGAGGGGCCGUGCUCUGAGCAGGGGGGCCUGGGCUCGGCACUGGCCGGUCCCCCUGGGAGGAAGCCCUUGGGCAGCCAGCUACGGAAGCAGGACGAGCUCCAGGCACGUGGGAAGUCAGACGACAUCUCCGUCCUCCAUAAGGACAUCAGAGAUCUGAAGGCCCAGCUGCAGACGGCCAACAAGGUCAUUCAAAACCUCAAGAGCCGGGUCCGGUCCCUCUCGGUCACAAGCGAUUAUUCAUCGAGUCUGGAGAGGCCCCGCAAACUAAAGGCGAUUGGCACCCUCGAGGCCUCCUCGCCCCAUAGCGUCACCGACGAGGACGAGGGAUGGCUGUCGGAUGGCACUGGGGCUUUCUACCCUCCAGGGCUGCAGGCUAAGAGGGAGCUGGAGGGUCUGAUCCACAGAGUGUCUCAGCUGGAGGCCCAGCUCCCAAAGACCGGACCGGGGAACAAGCUGGCGGAGGAGCUGAGAUCGGCCUCGUGGCCCGGGAAAUAUGAUUCCCUGAUUCAGGAUCAGGCCCGAGAACUAUCCUACCUACGCCAGAAAAUACGAGAAGGGAGAGGUAUCUGUUAUCUUCUCACCCAGCACGCAAAAGAUACAGUGAAAUCUUUCGAGGACCUUCUAAGGAGCAACGAUAUCGACUACUACUUGGGGCAGAGCUUCCGGGAGCAGCUCGCCCAGGGGAGCCAGCUGAUAGAGAGGCUCACCAGCAAACUCAGCACCAAGGAUCAUAAAAGUGAGAAAGAUCAAGCUGGACUUGAGCCGCUGGCCCUCAGGCUCAGCAGGGAGCUGCAGGAGAAGGAGAAAGUGAUCGAAGUCCUGCAGGCCAGGCUGGACGCGGGGUCCCUCACCCCCUCCAGCAGCCACGCCUUGUCCGACUCCCACCGCUGUCCCAGCAGCUCCUCCUUCCUGUCCGAGGAGCUGGAAGCCUGCUCUGACAUGGACGUAGCCAGCGAGUUCACGCACUACGAGGAGAAAGCUCCGCCCGGUCAUUCAGAUUCCAUCCAUCAUUCAAGUCAUUCUGCUGUACUGUCUUCUAAACCAUCAGCAACCAGUGCACCUCAGGGGGUUCAGGCCGAACCCAGCAGCAACCCCAGCAGCUUGCCUGCUCCCCAGAAACGCCCCCAGGAGGCCAGCCAGGCCCAUCCAGGCCUUCAUUCCCUCUUUAUCCCCACACUGGGUAGCCUCCCCCAGGCACCGCUGCCCACGGCUCCCAGCUUCCGCCCCGCUGGCCCUCCCCCCCUUGGCUGCUGUGAGACACCCGCGGUCUCCCUGGCCGAGGCUCAGCAGGAGCUGCAGAUGCUGCAGAAGCAGUUGGGAGAAAGUAUCAGCACCGUCCAUUCUGCUUCCCCAGCCGCGUUGCCAAACAACCAUUUAGAAGCCACCUCUUCCCACUACCUCAGCCUCGCCCGGCCCCACGCUCUUCCCCGGGGCAGGGGCACCACGGAACUGGGCGGCAUCCUGGCGCCCGGGUACCUGGGCUGCAGUGGCCAGUGGGAUACGAUGAGGCCUCAGAAAGGGAGCUUAUCUGGGGACAUGUCCUCAGGCUCCUCCACGUGCCAGCUUCACUCCAAACCCACAGGGGCCGACCUGCUGGAAGAGCAUCUGGGCGAAAUCCGGAGCCUGCGCCAGCGCCUGGAGGAGUCCAUCUGCAUUAACGACCGCCUGCGGGAGCAGCUGGAGCACCGGCUCAGCUCGGCUGCCCGCGGGAGCGGACCCGCCUCCAGCUUCUACAGUCAGGGCCUGGAGGCUGUGCCACAGCUGCACGAGAACAGGGCGCUUCGGGAAGAGAACCAGAGCCUGCAGGCUCAGCUGAGUCGCAUUUCCAGAGAGCACUCCCAGGAAACAGAGUGCCUGAGGGAGGCUCUGCUGACCUCGCAAUCCCGGCUUCGAGAGCUGGAAGUGGAGCUGGAGCACCAGAAGGUGGACCGGCAGCAGCUGCUGGGAGACUUGAAGGAGAAGCAGCAGGAGAUCUCGCAUUUCCAGGAGGAACGACUGUCCCUCCAGGAGAAAGACUCCAGGCUGCAGCACAAGCUGGCCCUCCUGCAGCAACAGUGCGACGAGAAACAGCAGCUCUUCCAGGCCGUCCAGUCGGAGCUACAGAUCUACGAGGCGCUUUAUGGCACGUCCAGGAAGGGGCUGAGAGCUUGCGCCUGGGAUGCCUGUCACCCUUUGAGCAGCGACUUGAGCCACCUGGUGACAGAGAUCCGAGCUUUGCGAGGGCAGCUGGAGCAGAGCAUUCAGGUGAACAACUGCCUGCGACUGCAGCUGGAGCAGCAGCUGGAUGGUGGCGGCAAAGCCAGCCUCAGCCCCAACUCCGUCAGCCGCGACUUCGCAGCCAGCACCGACCCUGGUAGCAAGCAGCCACUCUUCCAAGAUUCGGUCGCCUCCCCUCCGGUUCGAGAUGUCGGCAUGAACCCAGCUCUGGUCUUCCCCAGCUCGCCCGCCGCUGCUCCGGGCUCAGAGACAGCCAUCUUCAAUAAGGCAAAUGAGCUGGGUUUGGCGGCCCCUCCAGUAACGAAGAGCCCUCCCAAGCUGGAGGGCGAUGCCACCGAUGGCUCCUUUGCCAAUAAGCACGGCCGCCAUGUCAUCGGCCACAUUGACGACUACAGCGCCCUCACACGGCAGAUUGCGGAGGGCAGACUGCUGGUCAAGAAGAUAGUGUCUCUCGUGAGAUCAGCCGGCGCCGGCCCUGGCCUUGCGGCUCCCGGCACAGAGGUGAUCACAGCAUAGCUCGUAGGUGCCCCU